CCCCCUUCAAUCGCCAUUAAAAUACACACAAAAAUCCCUCUCUCUCUCUCUCUCUCGUCCGCUCUCAACGGUCCCUUGUCUUCUCCCCGAGAAAUCGCUCAACGCAGUCGCCGAUCGAUUCGCUUCCGAAAGCCCGAGCUCACCCGCCGGGACGAUCCGGAGAGUCGCGAGGUCCAGUUGUUUGGUAAUGUCUAACCUCCUAAAUGAUCCACUGUUCCAAAAGGAGACAACAUGCGGAACACUUCUAUACGAACUCCAGAUAAUCUGGGAUGAAAUUGGAGAAUCUGAUGCUGAUAGGGAUAAAAUGCUGCAAGAGCUUGAACAAGAAUGUCUAGAAGUAUACAGAAGAAAGGUAGACAAGUCAAACCAAUCCAGAGCCCGACUACGACAGGCAAUUGCUGACUCUGAAGCAGAACUGGCAGCCAUCUGUUCGGCAUUGGGAGAGAGACCAUUACAUACAAAGCAGCCUGACCAAAAUGUUGGAAGCUUGAAAGAAGAAUUCAAGAAAAUUCUUCCACAAUUAGAGGAGAUGAGAAGAAUGAAAUGUGAAAGAAGAAAUCAGUUUCUUGAUGUUUUGGAGCAAAUCCAGAGAGUUAAGGCUGAAAUAUGUGGAUCCCUCGACCACACUCCUCCUAAAACAAGAUUGGAUGAGACAGACUUAUCAUCAAGGAAGCUUGAAGAACUCCAUAGAGAGCUUUAUGAACUUCAAACAGAGAAGACUGAGCGCUUGAGGCUGGUUCAAGAUCAUUUGUUUACGGUGAAUGCUUUGUGUUUAGUGCUUGAUCUGGAUUUCAAGCAGAUAGCUUCAGAAGUCCAUGCCAGUUUAGCUGACCCUGAAGGACCCAAGGAUAUAAGUAACAGUACAAUUGAAAAGUUGGCUACUGCAAUACACAAACUUCGAGAAGUGAAGCUUCAGAGGAUGCAGAGGCUUCAAGAUCUUGCAACUACCAUGCUGGAGUUAUGGAACUUGAUGGAUACCCCAACUGAAGAGCAGCAGAUGUUCCAGAGCAUUACCAGCAACAUAGCUGCAUCAGAACAUGAAAUAACUGAACCCAAAAUGCUUUCUGAGGACAUCAUCAAUUUUGUUGCAGCAGAAGUAGCUCGUUUGGAGGAGUUUAAGUUGAGCAAAAUGAAGGAGCUUGUUUUAAAGAAGAGAUCAGAACUGGAGGAGAUCUGUAGGAAGACACAUUUAAUCCCAGAAGCUGAUACUGGGAUGGAAUACGCUAUUGAAGCUGUAGAGUCUGGGGCUGUUGAUGCUGCUUGCAUCCUUGAGCAGAUUGAACUUCGAAUUGCUGAAGUGAAGGAGGAAGCAUUGAACCGCAAAGAAUUGCUGGAAAAAGUUGAGAAAUGGUUGGCUGCUUGUGAUGAAGAGUGCUGGCUUGAAGAGUAUAACAGGGAUGAGAAUAGGUAUAAUGCUGGAAGAGGAGCCCAUCUUACUCUGAAGCGUGCUGAGAAAGCUCGUGCGUUGGUUAGCAAACUACCAGCGAUGGUAGAGACACUGACUUCAAAGACAGUGGCUUGGGAGAAGGAGAGAGGCAUUGAGUUCUCAUAUGAUGGUCUUCGCCUCCUCUCUAUGCUGGAAGAGUAUAGCAUUUUGCGACAAGAGAGAGAGCAAGAACGACGUAGACUACGAGAUCAAAAGAAACUUCAGGGCCAGCUAAUUGCAGAACAAGAGGCACUUUAUGGGUCAAAGCCAAGCCCCUCAAAGACUCAGUUGGUCAAGAAAGCUCCUCGGAUGUCGACUGGUGGUGCAAGCAGUAGAAGACUCUCACUUGGAGGUGCAACUCUUCAUACUCCCAAACCAGAUCCAUUGCAUUCGAUGAAAGCUACUCCUAACGCACGCCCACAUCGUAAGAGUGACCGUGUAAACCAAGUCGAUCAACUGAACCACUACAAGGACAAUGGCCAAGCAGCAUUAUCAGCAAGUAGAAGAGGCUUGGAUGUUGCUGGUCUCCCAUUAAAAAAGCACUCACUUGACGCUGCAUUGGCUAGUGAGCCAGAUUCACCAAUGAUAAGGAAACCCUUCUCGCCUGUGUCACCAGCAGUAUCAACGAAGAUGAGCUUGACAAACGUGAUGGACAAUGCAGCAGCGAGACAGGAUGAACCAUUGCAGAAAAUCUUUUCUGGUAACAUGUUCAGUACCCCAUUGAAGACUACCAACAUGAAUGAUGAAGAGAACCGGACUCCAAAAGUCAUGGCAAUUCCCGUUCCAACUACACCUUCCACAAUUUCAAUGCCCAUGCAAACAGCAAUGACACCAGCACUGGUGUCACAGCCCUUGGCUGCAAACUUAGUCAAGGAGAUUGCCGAAGAGAUAGAAUACUCAUUUGAGGAACGAAGAGCUGGCUUUGUGCUUCCAAGAGCAUAUGUAAAGCCAAUGAUCCAAGUCUGACAGAAAAUAUUUAGGGGUUUACUGUAAUUAAGAUUGUUUCAUUGCUUUUGAAUUGAACUUGGUUUCUGUUUCUUAUUUUUGGUGUCUGGGAUAUUCAAGUCAAUUGUAAUUGGCUGUACUGUCUAGAAAAAAACUGACGUGUACACCGAGCUUGUAAUUCUUUUCGCACGGAAACUUUCAAUUUCCAUCGGGUUCUACUA